UGGUGGCUGAAGCCGGGACAAGUUGGGGGAGGGGGCGGGAAGGAAAGUGGCCGAACACUUGCUUUGGGGAGCUCUGUCCUGGCCCCUCUCUCGGGGGCGUUUGUCCUUGCAGCCUGGGGGCGAGCUCGCACCUGGGUGGCCGCCUGGGCUAGAGGAGAAAAGUGCCGUGCUUUGUACUGGUUUUCCUGCUCAAAGUUCCUGUUUUCUCAGAGCUGCAAGUCUUAUGAUCCAUUGUGUCAUCGCGCUCAGCUGGCAGGGGCGAGAGGAAGGAAAAUCCCUCCGAGCCAAAUUUGGCCCUGCCCGGGGGAGAAAUGCCAUCUCCGGCGAGCUGCGGCGCCUGCUAAGCGACCCGCAGCCGGGGGCGGCGAAGAUGCGGAAUCGCCCUUCGGAGCUCAGCUGAACCCUUGACAAUGACGACUGGCCCCGAACCAUGGCCAAUGGGACCGGGACGGUCAUGCUGAAAUGCGUGGUGGUGGGGGACGGGGCCGUGGGCAAAACUUGCCUGCUGAUGAGCUACGCCAACGACGCGUUUCCAGAGGAGUAUGUGCCCACCGUGUUUGACCACUAUGCAGUCACUGUUACGGUUGGGGGGAAGCAGUAUCUGCUGGGGCUGUAUGACACUGCAGGACAGGAAGACUAUGAUCGUCUGAGACCGUUAUCUUAUCCUAUGACAGAUGUCUUCCUUAUCUGCUUCUCAGUGGUAAAUCCAGCCUCAUUUCAAAAUGUGAAGGAGGAGUGGGUACCAGAGCUAAAGGAAUAUGCACCUAAUGUACCCUUUUUAUUAGUAGGAACCCAGAUUGAUCUUCGUGAUGAUCCAAAAACGUUAGCAAGAUUGAAUGAUCUGAAGGAGAAGCCUAUAUCUAUGGAGCAGGGACAGAAGUUAGCAAAAGAGAUAGGAGCCUGCUGCUAUGUGGAGUGUUCAGCUUUAACACAGAAAGGACUGAAGACUGUUUUUGACGAAGCUAUAAUAGCCAUUUUAACUCCAAAGAAACACACAGUGAAAAAAAGAAUAGGAUCAAGAUGCAUAAACUGCUGUUUGAUCACGUGAGAUACAUUUGACAAUGGCCAGGCCUACUGUGAAUUUCUAUCAAACGUAAAUGAUACAGUUCAUAAGUACACAGAACUUGUUAUAGAUCAUAGAAGUU